GUUUAAUUUGAUAGCGUCCUGUAACACACUAGCGAGCACGGAGAGCGUCGAGUUUUGCCAGGCAUAAAAACUGCGCUGGCGAGCCCAUAGAUCACUGAGUUCAAAGCAGACACAUUACAGACCAUGGGCAACACAUUCGCCAGCGCCGAGCUGCCCACGGGACCCGUAGAGUGCAGCUACACGCCGCCACUCAAAGUUAAUCCAGCCAACCCCAAGGUCUUUUUCGACAUGAUGAUCGGUAGUGCUCAGAUUGGGCGCAUAGUCAUGGAAUUGAAGGCAGAUGUAAGCUCAGUGCACAAAUCAAUCUCGCCGCGAUUCUCGCCCACGGCCUGAAUCAUGCCCACCACGCCAUCGACGCGACGCAGGUAGCGCCGAAGACGGCAGAAAACUUCCGGGCGCUGUGCACCGGCGAGAAGGGCUUCGGCUACAAGGGCUCGUCGUUCCACCGCGUGAUUCCGAAGUUCAUGUGCCAGGGCGGUGAUUUUACGAAUCACAACGGCACGGGAGGCAAGUCUAUUUAUGGAGCAAAAUUUGCCGACGAGAACUUUAAACUCCGCCACGACGGCCCCGGCAUCCUCUCGAUGGCCAACGCGGGCCCGGGCACGAACGGCUCGCAGUUCUUCCUGUGCACGGCGCUGACGUCGUGGCUGGAUGGGAAGCAUGUGGUGUUUGGCCAGGUCGUCGAGGGCUACGGCGUCGUCAAGGCGAUCGAAAGUGUAGGGUCGUCGUCGGGGAAGACUGCGGCAAAAGUCGUCAUCGCGGACUGCGGCCAGUGCGAGUAAUA